AGCCCCUUUGGGCUCGACUAGCCUCAAACCGUGCCGGACAGCAGGCCAUGGCGUUGUCAGCUUUGUCAGCCAAUGGCUGGAGAAAAGAACCUGAGUCCUUGUGCAGUCGGAUCUCUGAGACGGAGGCUACAGCGCAUCGCCUUCAGGAGGAAUUAUCCACCAUUCUCCGAGGCCUUGCCGCGCUGAAAGAGCAAGUGCGUGAUGCGGACGAUUUGGCUGGGGAUACAGAGACUGAAAAGAUUCGUCAAGAGGUUGACGAUGUCCUUAGACGGCAGGGUACAGUGUUGGAGGAGAUGGUGAAAUCGGCCGAAUCCUUUCCAAGGCGGUGGGCUCAGUUUGAGUUGAACAUCAGCCAACGCAAGUCUCUGUUGCUCAGCAUUAAGGCACGAAGAGCGAGGGAUCAAGCAGAGCGAUGAGAUGUGUCCGUACCGCUGUGAGACCUACAGCGAUCGAUGUCGAAGACACCGGAGAGACCAAAAUCUCACCGAGCUACUGUGGGAAUGCAAUGGAUAUAUGGUGUGUUUUUUUUGAAAAAUGC